UCUCCGUCCACGAGUCGAGCAGCAGCAGCCCACGCGCCACGCCGCUCAGAGCGCUCGCUCCCGGCUCGCUAUCCCCUAACCCUAGCCGCUGCCGCUGCCGCUGCCGCCGCCGGCGCCUAAACCCUCGCCGCACUAACUCGCAUCGACCUCCCGGCGGCGAUGGCGAAGGAGAAGAAGCGGAAGCAGCCUGCCUCCGAUUCGACGGCGCCUCCGGGCGACGAGGGCGAGGGGAGGAGGGAGCGCAAGGGCAAGAAGGCGAAGAAGGAUAAGGCGGAGGCGAUACGGCCGUCGCAGAUCAAGAACAAGGACAAGCGCAGCGAGCUGCAUGCCAAGCUCAAGCGCGAGAAGAAGGCAGAGAAGCGAAAACUCGCCCGCGAGCGCAGCCAAGCCAUCCGCCGCGCCGAAGGGCUUGGAGAACAGCCGCCGGAGAGGCAGGUGCCCCGGACUAUCGAGAACACCAGGGAGCCUGAUGAGACCGUGUGCCGGCCUGAUGACCAGGAGCUAUUUGCAGGAAAUGAUGCAGAUGAAUUCAAUGCUGUUCUAAAACAGCACAUAAUUCCAAAAGUACUGAUUACCACAUGCCGCUUCAAUUCAGGGAGGGGACCUGCCUUUAUUGAGGAGCUAUUGCAAGUGAUACCGAAUUCGCAUUAUGUUAAAAGGGGAACAUAUGAACUCAAGAAAAUUGUGGAAUAUGCGAAGAAUAGGGAUUUCACCUCACUUAUUGUUGUUCACACAAAUCGGAGGGAACCUGAUGCUCUACUUAUCAUUGGGUUACCUGAUGGCCCCACUGCACAUUUCAAACUAUCCAAACUUGUUCUACGGAAGGACAUAAAGAACCAUGGCAACCCUACCAGUCAUAAGCCAGAGCUAGUGUUGAACAAUUUCACUACACGCCUUGGUCAUCGUGUUGGAAGGAUGAUACAAUCCCUCUUUCCUCAAGACCCCAAUUUCCAUGGGCGCCGCGUUGUGACCUUCCAUAAUCAGCGAGACUACAUAUUUUUCCGUCAUCACAGGUACAUCUUUGAGACAAAAGAAAGCAAGGUUGCUUCGAAGGACAAGAAAGCUAAGACAUCUGAAAGCAAAAGGCAACCUGAGAAGCAAGUGAUUUGUCGCCUGCAGGAAUGUGGUCCUCGCUUCACUCUGAAGCUGCUCACCUUGCAACAUGGGACCUUCGACACGAAAAGCGGGGAGUACGAGUGGGUUCACAAGGCGGAAAUGGAUACAAGCAGGAGGAGAUUCUUCUUGUGAUGGAGCAUGGGGACUCUGAUGCCCAAACGGGCGGAAUUGUUCCGUUGAGUCUUUCAAAUUUGUGUAGAGAGGAUGCUACGUAGAAUCGAUAAAUGGAUGUAACAGACUUUGAUGCCUGUCCAAUCAAUUUUGUGGAUCCAACCAAGAAGAUGAGCUAAUAGAACUUUGUUCCCGUCUUCAUUUCCAUCUAA